UUCGCGGCCCCGCCCCGCGCUCGAUGGUGCGAGCUCGGAGCGGCUGUUCCGGUUCCGGGGGCAGGAGUCGGGGGGGCCGGGCGAGCCCAGCGCGGAGCCGGCGAGAUGGUGCUGCUGGAGAGCGAGCAGUUCUUGACAGAACUAACAAGGCUUUUUCAAAAAUGCAGAACCUCGGGGAGUGUUUACAUAACGCUGAAAAAAUAUGAUGGUCGAACAAAACCCAUUCCACGUAAGGGCCAUGUGGAAGGUUUUGAGCCUGCGGACAACAAAUGUCUCCUGAGAGCAACCGAUGGAAAGAAGAAGAUUAGCACAGUGGUAAGCUCAAAGGAAGUAAAUAAAUUCCAGAUGGCCUAUUCUAACCUGUUGAGAGCUAACAUGGAUGGCCUGAAGAAGAAAGACAAGAAAAGCAAAAAUAAGAAAAGUAAAGCAACACAGUGAUGGAACAGAAUGUCUUUCCAUCACUGCAAGACUUGCAUUCUAGUCUUCAAAGUCCAUUUUUUCCUAAGUCAAUGCUUUCUUUUGGCUGUAGAAUACUGAGACGUGAACAAUACCGGCACUUAGAAAAUAAAAGGUGGUUUCUGUAGAUUGUUUGGCAGGAAUAUUCACAAGAUUAGACUGAAACCUCUUCACUCUCAGCUGCCAUGUUGUUACACAGGAUGGUCAGUGUAAACUGUUUUGGGGGAUGCAGUGGGUGGUCACAAGGGCAAAGAAUAGAUCUUAAGUAGUGAAUGAAAGCCUAAUUCUGUAGAUAAGCCUCAUGUAAACUAAGUAGGGAAGUUGAGAAUUAGUGGGAACAUUGCCUUUUUUUCCUAUUAAUUUAGCUUCUAGAAGUGAUUGGAGGUUAAGAGGUCAUGACAAAAAAAAGCAAGUCCUAGAGCUUCACAUGUUACAAUUGCAAUGACUGGUUUAGUAAAAGUCUCAUUCUUAUGAAUGUGUUCAGGGAUUGGUGCAUCUUACUUUGAAUGGUUAUAUUGUAAAUAUAGUAUCUCUUGAUGCUUUGUUGUGAAAAGGUAAUGUUUACUUAUUCCUAUUAAACAAUCAGAAGUGCA